UGUCAUGUUAUUUUGGAAAAUUAUUCUACCAACUGUUGUAAUUCUUUUUUAUAACUUGAGGAAGAAGAGAGUUGUACUUGUGGAAGAUGAAGUUUGUUUUGGGAAUUCAUCCUAAUGCGCUGGCAUACUCCAUGACUACAUUAGGUGCUGGAAUGAUGAACAGUAUCUUUAAUUUCUACUACGUUAAGCUUUUCCUAAAUCGAUACAAAAUUUCAGAAGUAGCGUUUCAUCAAGCCCAGGUUGUGUUUAUGAUAUGGAAUGCCAUUAACGAUCCUCUUUUUGGGUAUAUUCAAGAUAACUCCAAAUUCAUGUGCUGCUCAAGACGCCAGUUUUCAAUUUUAUAUGGAGCUCCUUUAUAUGCAUUAGCCUUUUUGCUUCCUUGGUUUCCUUGGAAACAUUAUGAAGAAGGUGACUGGCUAAGUGGUCUUCACCUCAUUGUUGCAUUAUGUGCUUUUGAUGGCUUGCUUACAUUUGUUCUUCUAGCACAGUGUGCGCUCUUUGCAGAAAUUUCAACAAGACAUGAAAGUAGGCUUCAGCUUAUUAAAUAUAACCAAGUAGCAACAUUAAUCGGAUCAACAAGCGUUCUCUUUUGUGGUCUCAUAUCAGAUAAUAUGGAAAAUUUUGCCUAUUUUCAGGCUUUCGCUGUUUUGGUUGCAGUAUUAGCAACAGCUUGUAUGUGUUACACAGGCAAAUAUAGUACUAGUCAAUAUGAGCAGAGGGAAAGUUGUACGGAAAAUACUAAUCUGGAAAAUGAUGAUGGAGCUCUCUCCUGGUCCUCUGUAAUUUCAUUGACCAAACAGAUUAUGACGGAGAAAAACUUUUUAUUUUUUGUAACAAUGAACUUCUUCCAAGUCUUCCACCUAGCCUUCUGCAACAAUUUUAUGAUGAUCUUCGCGGAUAAUCUUAUUCCUAAGGAUGUCCUUUCUUCCUCAAUAAGAAGUAUCAUGUAUGGAGCAGGCUUUAUUUGUCCUCAGUGCCUUGUUCUUCUCAGUCAUGCUUCGUUGAAGAAAUUUGGUUAUUACAGAAUCAUCUUGUUUUCCUUUUACUUUGAAGGAAUAGCUGCUGCUGUCAUGUUUGCUCUAGGGCCAGAACACUAUUAUCUGUUGGCAUUUUAUCUCACAGCAAACAUGGUAAUUGUGCAAGCUUCAUUUAGUUUGUUCAAUUUGCCUUUGGCAGAUAUCGUUGAUGCAGAUUUCAUAAAACACAAGCGGAGAUCACCACUUUCCUCUAUGGUUUUUGGUACCAAUGCUUUAUUUACCAAGCCUGCCCAAUCUUUGGCUCCAAUGCUUGUGGUUACAAUACUAAAUCAAUUUGGAUAUGAGAACCUGAAUAAUGAAGUUGCUCAAUCUGAUCCAAGUUUGUUUUUAGGUCUUCAUGAUGCCAUGUUCUAUUUGAUCUGUCUGGUUCCACUUUGCAUUGCAGUCAUACAGAUCUUGACUUGGACUCCCUUUUCAAUCCAGAAUACUCAUAUGACAGCUGUACGCUAAAUAGGUAACAGUCGGUCAGUAAAUCAUCUGCUGAGCUGUACCACAAAAGAGUUAGUACAUUUUAAAUGUGAAAAAAGCAAAAUUGCAUUAAAUGGACUGUUAGACCAAAGACAGUUUGAGCCAUUUGAAUAAAGUCGCAUUCUUCAGUCUAUAUAGACUGUAACACAGAUCCCAUCCAGCCUUAAUGCGGAGCCUACGCAGAGUUUCUUCUAGUUCAGUUGUUUGCCUUUAAUGGGCUUUAUCCUUAAUUACUAAAUAAAGUAAUAUCUGGUAUAUACUGGUCACUGUUAACUCCUUUGAAGAAUGGAUAUGGCAGAUCAGGUAAAGGAAUCCCAACCCAGCACCUGGAAUUCAAGGGAACUGUAUUUUCUUCAGCUUACUGAAAGAUGGUGGCUUAAUUCUGCCGUACUGAUAAAAUGGUAGAUCUUGGAAGUUAAAUUCAAAGAGCCUGGUGGAUGUCCCUCAGGGAUGGCAGGGAGAUGAAGAGAAAAAUUUAGAUGAUGUCUAGCUGACCAGUAUCAAGACAAAUCUGACAGCUACCACAGGAAGAGCCAAGAGUAAUUAACUACCCUGUGAAAGUCUGUGUAAGGCUAAGGAAGAAAAAGAUUAAAAUGCUGUUCAAUAAAGUGUCGCUGGAUAUGGAAAAAGCUCUGUACUUCCUCACUGACUUCCUGAAUGUCUGGGUGGUAGGUAGAUGCAGUUUUCUGGCUUUAAAUGGGAAAAUUAUUUUGAAGGUAGCAUAUUGUUAGUACUUCAUAGAAAAUGUCAUUGUGGUAAGAAAAAACAUUAGCAUAUGGAUGUAGCAGUGUUCAGUUAGUUGGACAAAUCUAAGUACACAUGCACUGAAUCAAACUCUACCUGCACAGCAGCAUUACACUGGCAAACUCAUUUGAUGUGCUGACAGUCAAAGUUCAUUUCUGAUUAAUCAAAUUGAAUUUAGUUAAUUUCUGAUUAAUUCUUACCAAAAAUCUUUUCAGUUAAACUUUUAAAUGGAUCCUGUGAUUUUUAUAAAAUAAAGGUUUUUGACAAAAUUUCAGAAACCUUGAAUCCUCUCUUUAUUUCACGUUGUAAUCAAGUACAGUGUAAUCAGUACUGAGACAUCAGUAGUGAUAAGCUACAUUAGCAUGUUUAUAAUACUUCUGUUUAAUAAAUACUUUUUUUCCUCCAAUGCAUCCAGCAUGUAAUUGUGUAAUGACAGAUAGCUUAAGUAUAAUAUAAUCACUUCAUUUUUGUUCUUUGUUUUGCCUGGGCAAACAGAAUUUUAGAAGCACCUUUCUUAUGGAGCGCCACUCACUUGAAAGUACAAGAAGAUGCAUCGUAUGUAUCCCGAUUUUAAAGUGCUGAGCCAGCUCAUUUCUAAGGCUCUACAUUUACCAUGCUAGGUAACUUGGAAAAGAAGGGAGUGUAAGAAGUUGCCUGCAUUUUGGUGGACAUUAGCAUAAUUUCGUGAAGAGGUCUGAGAUUUGAAAUUCCAGUGUUGAAAAAAAUAGUCUUUUGUGCCUCAGUUUUUACAUUUGCAGAGUAGAAACAUAAUUUCCUUGCCUUUUUUGAAGAUCAAAGUGCUUUCAAAGCGAUGAGUGAAAAAGUGGGAUAGCAUUGUUAAAUAUUUAGAAAUCUAAAUGAACUCUUUGAUAGGAAUAUGAAGAUUUAUGUUAAAAUGUAAGAAGCCAGAAGUGUGAUGAUGUUUUAAGUUGCAUUAUAUGUUUUUUAUCUCUCUCUUGUCAGAGAUGCCAUUAUUCAUUUGCAUCGUACAUGCUAAUAGCAUUAUGUACACAUAGUGCUGUCACUGGUAUUUACAUAUCCAAAGAAUAUUUAAACAAAUACCAGAGCAGAUAGCGACUGUGUGUUUAGAUUCUGAAUUUUAAAAGAUUUACUGCAUUGUAUGUAUGAAUUUUCUGCCUGAAAGGUGGAAGGAGAAAAAGGCGA